AUGCCUCACAAGCAUAGGAGGCGCCAGAAAGAUGAGUCAACCUACGAUCUCCCCCCGACGACCAUAGCCAAACCCCUCUCGGUUCAUAAAGCCAAACCACAGAAUGGAGGGACGAAAUCUGGUGUGAAGAAAACUGGCACAAAGCCAAAGGCUGAGACUUCGAAAUGGGGAGACGACACCCCGCGUGCUUUUGCGCGCCUGAUGCAAUACCAAAAACUCGGCAAGAUGCCUUCCGGGCUAGAUGACGGGAAUAACCAACCUCGAGGAAAGAAACGGAAACAUGAAGAUGAGAAGAAUGAGUCUUCUUCAAAAAUUCAUAAUGCUACAGACACGAAGUCUUCUGGGAAGGAGCUCGCUCUCAAAAUUCUACCAGGCGAAAAGCUAUCUGACUUCGCGGCACGCGUGGAUCAAGAAAUGCCCCUGUCUGCGAUGAAACGUUCGCAACGGACCGCGCAGUCUCAAGGUAUGCCGAAAAUUCGAGAAGAGCGGAUCACAAAGCAUGAGAAACACUUGCGCAAACUUCAAAAGGGCUGGCGUGAGGAGGAAGCUCGAAUCCGGGAAAAAGAGGCAGAAGCACGGGAGCUCAGAGAAGCGGAGAAUGAAGAUCUCAAUGAGCUGUGGAAAGAAUGGCGGGUCGAAGCUGGCAAAGGCAAGGCGAAAAAGAAAACCUCGUCAGCGUCCAAGAAAAAGAGACGGGGCAAGGGAGAGAGUGCUGAUGGAAAUGAGGAUGAUGACGAUGAUGACGAUCCUUGGGCGAAGCUCAAUACACGCGAGAGGGCAGCGAGGCCUCUGAAUCCCCUGGAAGUUGUGCAGGCACCCCCGGAGUCUUUAGCUAAACCCAGAGAGAUAUUCAGAGUGCGUCGAGGUGUUGGUGGCGCCGAGGUAGACAUUGCAAACGUUCCUGUGGCUGCGGGAAGCUUGCGAAGACGAGAGGAACUUGCUAAAGAACGGAAGAGCAUUGUCGAGGAGUACAGACGCUUAAUGGCAGAAAAGAGAGGAUGA